AUGGAGGUGCAUAUCGAGCGAGUGAGCUCGUUGGUGGGCUUUGACCUGGACUUGAUCGAUCACACCUUUGACAUCUCUGCUCGAGUCGCCGAACCCUAUGACGAAUCUCUGAGCUGCACGCUUAUCAGGACAGAGCCUGUGUCGCCGCAAAGGAUAAAGACGUAUCCAAGAGAGGAUGAGGACUCUAUCAAGGGUUCAGACCUCGCCUCGUCGCUGAUUCUCGUGGAUCUCGACACGGAUGGACACCUCCGAGGGUAUCUGAGAGCAUCAAAAGCGUGGAAUAACAUGGUGUUCCUGGACGAAAUUAUCAUCGACAGACCUUGCCGUCAGUUGGGGAUAGCCAGACUGCUCAUGGCUUCACUUCAAGCAUGGACGAUCCAAGUGGGCCUCUCCGCCAUCAAGGUCGAGACUCAAGAUACAAACGUUGGCGCCAAUUCUUUCUACCGAUCAUUAGCAUUCAGCUUCGGAGGAUAUGACAAGUUCAUGUACUACGGAAUCGAAGCUUGUCGAGAUGAGACUGCGCUGUACUGGUACUGGUUCAGUCAGUCUCCAGGAUGA